AUGGACAGCAAGGUCCGGAAGGAGCAUCCCCCAUAUGCUGACCCUGAGGUGACCAUGGCAAUGCUGCGUUGGAUCUACACAGAUGAGCUAGAACUGAGAGAAGAUGAUGUAUUCUUGACAGAACUGAUGAAAUUAGCUAAUCGGUUUCAACUACAACUCCUCAGGGAAAGGUGUGAAAAAGGAGUCAUGUCACUAGUAAACGUCAGGAACUGCAUUCGUUUCUAUCAGACUGCGGAGGAGCUAAAUGCUAGCACUUUAUUGAACUACUGUGCUGAAAUAAUAGCUAGUCAUUGGGAUGACUUGCGGAAAGAAGACUUCAGCAGUAUGAGUGCUCAGCUGUUGUAUAAAAUGUUCAAAUCCAAGACUGAAUAUCCUUUACAUAAAGCUAUUAAAGUGGAGAGAGAAGAUGUUGUUUUCCUGUAUCUUAUUGAAAUGGAUUCACAGCUGCCUGGGAAACUCAAUGAACUGGAUCACAAUGGAGACCUUGCUUUAGAUUUAGCCCUCUCUCGAAGAUUGGAAAGUAUUGCAACAACAUUGGUCAAUUACAAAGCUGAUGUGGAUAUGGUGGACAACAAAGGCUGGAGUCUGUUACACAAAGCCAUCCAAAGAGGAGACAAGUUUUCUGCCAAUUUUCUCAUUAAAAAUGGUGCCCGUGUGAAUGCUGCUACACUGGGAGACCAGGAGACUCCUCUACACCUUGUUGCAUCGUACAGCCCCAAGAAGCACUUGCCAGAUGUGAUGUCAGAGAUGGCACAGAUUGCAGAGUCCCUCUUACAGGCUGGAGCCAAUCCAAACAUGCAAGACUGCAAAGGAAGGACCCCAUUACAUGCAUCAAUUGUUGUUAGGAAUGAUCCUGUAUUCAGUCAGCUUCUCCAGCGCAAACAAUUAGACUUAGAAUUGAAGGAUCAUGAGGGAAGCACAGCUCUGUGGCUUGCAGUUCAGUAUAUCAAAGUGUCUUCUGACCUGUCCAUAAACCCUUUCGACGAUGUCCCUGUUGUAAAUGGAACCUCCUUUGAUGACAAUAGCUUUGCAGCAAGACUAAUCCAGCGAGGCAGCAAUACAGAUGCACCUGACACAGUAACAGGAAAUUGCUUAUUGCAGAGAGCAGCUGGAGCAGGAAAUGAGGCAGCUGCUCUCUUCCUGGCAACCCAUGGGGCAAAAGUGAACCAUAGAAACAAAUGGGGAGAAACUCCAUUGCAUACAUCUUGUCGGCAUGGCCUAUCAAACCUUACAGCAGAGCUUCUGCAACAAGGAGCCAAUCCUAAUAUCCAGACUGAAGAAGCAGUGCCUAGUCAGAAGGAUGCAUCCUCACCACCUGCAUCAGAGAAUGUGUAUCUGCAAACUCCCCUUCAUAUGGCUAUAGCAUAUAACCACCCUGAUGUGGUAUCAGUCAUACUGGAGCAAAAAGCUAAUGCCCUUCAUGCUACCAACAACUUGCAAAUCAUUCCUGACUUCAGUCUCAAGGACUCCAGAGACCAGACCGUAUUGGGACUAGCAUUAUGGACCGGCAUGCACACCAUAGCAGCUCAGCUACUUGGGUCUGGUGCAUCCAUCAAUGACACCAUGUCAGAUGGACAGACUCUAUUACAUAUGGCAAUACAGAGACAGGAUAGCAAGAGUGCUCUCUUCUUGCUGGAACAUCAAGCAGAUAUAAAUGUCAGAACUCAGGAUGGAGAGACUGCCCUUCAGCUAGCUAUAAAAAACCAGCUUCCGCUUGUGGUUGAUGCUAUUUGUACCAGAGGGGCGGACAUGUCUGUGCCAGAUGAGAAAGGGAAUCCUCCACUAUGGCUUGCCCUGGAAAAUAAUUUGGAAGAUAUUGCAUCGACUCUGGUAAGACAUGGCUGUGAUGCAACUUGCUGGGGUCCAGGACCAGGUGGAUGCUUACAGACACUUCUGCACAGAUCUAUUGAUGAAAACAGUGAACAAAUAGCAUGCUUCCUUAUUCGCAGGUCAGAUAUGAGUUGUUUUACAAACAGCCAUGUUGGUCCCGGGAUUUUAGACCAAGUGGGUGAGGCAGUAUCUUUUAUUGGACCAACUUCUGUUGAGGAAGCUUCUGCCUAUUGCUAUAGUUCUGAUAUGCUAUGUGAACUUCGUGGUCUCUAUUUGUAGGAUGCAGAGGGAAGAACUCCAAUCCAUGUUGCCAUUAGCAACCAGCAUAAUGUCAUCAUUCAGCUGAUGAUUUCACAUCCAGAAAUCAGAUUGAAUAUGCGUGACCGGCAGGGCAUGACUCCAUUUGCAUGUGCUAUGACCUACAAGAAUAACAAAGCAGCAGAGGCAAUCCUGAAGCGGGAGGCAGGAGCUGCUGAGCAGGUGGAUAACAAAGGUCGGAACUUCCUCCACAUAGCUGUUCAGAACUCUGAUAUCGAGAGUGUGCUCUUCCUGAUCAGUGUCCAAGCUAAUGUGAAUUCGAGAGUCCAGGAUGCUUCUAAGCUAACACCUUUACAUCUAGCUGUACAAGCGGGCUCAGAAAUUAUCGUGCGCAAUCUGCUUCUUGCAGGUGCGAAGGUGAACGAGCUGACUAAGCACCGCCAGACUGCUCUCCACCUAGCUGCUCAGCAGGACCUGCCCACAAUUUGCUCCGUCCUUCUAGAGAACGGAGUAGACUUUGCGGCUGUGGAUGAAAAUGGAAAUAAUGCUCUUCAUCUGGCCGUGAUGCAUGGUCGUCUAAACAAUAUCCGUAUCCUCCUGACAGAAUGUAAUGUGGAUGCUGAAGCCUUUAAUCUUCGAGGUCAGUCACCAAUGCACAUUCUGGGACAUUAUGGGAAAGAUAAUGCUGCAGCCAUCUGUGAGCUCUUCUUAGAAUGUAUGCCAGAAUAUCCUCUAGACAAACCUGAUGCUGAAGGAAACACAGUGCUUCUCUUGGCCUAUAUGAAGGGAAAUGCUAACUUGUGCCGUGCUAUAGUGAGAGCUGGGGCUCGUCUUGGGGUUAACAAUAACCAAGGAGUCAAUAUCUUCAACUACCAAGUUGCUACAAAACAGCUUCUCUUUAGACUCUUGGAUAUGCUGUCAAAAGAACCUCCCUGGUGUGAUGGCUCCAACUGCUAUGAAUGCACUGCCAAGUUUGGAGUCACAACAAGGAAACAUCAUUGCCGCCACUGUGGACGUCUGCUCUGCCAUAGGUGCUCAACAAAGGAGAUUCCCAUCAUAAAAUUUGACUUAAACAAGCCUGUUCGCGUUUGCAACAUCUGCUUUGACGUCUUGACUCUGGGAGGAGUCUCCUAGUAUGUUGUGGGAGUAGGGGAUUCUCGGUCAGUGCUCUUCAGACAGCAGCUCUGCUAGCAAGCCCUGUACGCAGGAAAGGGGAGGCCUAUACAUGUCUUCCUUUGGCAAUAGACUGAACUAAUUAAGGACCAUGUUACGAUAUAUUCCAGUAUAAAUGAUUUUGUAUGGCUAUAAAUGUGUUGGGCUGUGAUAGACUUCACUGGUAAACGAAUUGGAGUGAUAAACCUGAAUUGAGUUAGACCCUCCUCGUUGCCACAGGCAUGGGAAUUAAAAUUGCAUUAGCCUGGUGUCCUGUGCUGAUAGGAAUAACAAACAGGUCUGUGCUUGCCCUGGUGGAUUGCAUUGAGCUACUCUAAAAUCUUGCCGUUUUCAGGCUAUUUAAGAAGAGAUGGCACUAAGUUUCAGGGGUAAAUAGUAACUUUGCAUUGUCUUCAAAGAUAAGUGUUCCCUUUCUCCAUAGAAGGCUCUUUUUAUAAAACUGGACUCUGCUGUGACAGCCAUGACCUACUUUGAGUUAAAUCUUUAAACAGGGUUUAAAGGGGCAUAGCUGAAGAAUCGUGGCCUUACAAGAGAGAGCUUUACAAUAUCUCUGAUUAUAAAGGACUCAGCAUUGCAGUUCCACAUAUUGAUACCUCCUGAGUAAAUGUCUCAUUAGCUCCAGCAUGUUCAAGAGGAUUUGCAGGCUCCUUUUAAUUGGCAGACGUUCUUCAUGGCUGCUAGAACGGAUGAAGUCCACGUUUUUGUUGUACUAUUUGCAUCAGUGGUCUUUCUGGCUUGAAAACAAUUCUUGUGUAACUUAAGUGCUCCAAGAACAGACCUAAGCUUACACUAAUUGAAGAAGAAACACUAAAGGAAAACAGAUUGGGUAGUUGUACUUCCAGCAAAGGAAUACUGGGCUGGAGCUGCAGUUAUGACUCCUACGAGACGCUAGUUACUAGUAGCAUUUUUCUUGGAUCUAAAGACUAUGGUUAAUCAGUGCACAACAGAACCAGCAACUCCACUGAUAUAAAGCUGCUUCUGCACUUCUAGACUGUCAGAACAGGUCUCCAAAUCCAGCAGAAUGGCCAGUUAUUGGCAGUAUUUGGAGGUUCAGUAUCAAAUGUUAGGCAGUUGGGGGUUGUAGGAAGGAGUUCUGACUGCACUGUGAAACAGCCUGAUGUCAAACCUUUGCACACUAUAAUGGCAAUGUGUUUUUUUUCCUGGCCUGGCUGUGGUCCCUCUUAAAUAUGCUGAACCUAUGAAACAAUGACACAGGUCCCCCCCACCCCAAGUAGCCCAUAAAUCACUUAGCUGCUAGUAAGCACUUACUCUGGUAAACUGGCUGUUGUAUGAUAGGCAAAGGUGUCAGUUUAAUAUGUACUUAAUUAAAAUGUGUCUUGCCUUGUUAGUUUUUUAGCCCUGGGAGAUAAAUGUAGACCAGACUACAUGCAGCAUUCCCCAUCUCUGCUCCACGAACAAAUCAGUUGUGUAUAUAUUUUUUUUAGUAUUCAUUAACCACUACUCUGUGAUACAGUGCGUGCAAUAGGGGUGCAGAUAUUCAUAACUUCAAUUUCCCGGUCUUCUGGAAUAGUGACAUGUCCAGUAUCUAUUGCCUAUAUAUGUAAAAUGAGCCGAUAAACCAGAGUGCUACUUUUUUUAUAUUUCUUUGAUUUAUAGGAUAUUUGCUUUAUGCUAGGCAAAAUUUGGGCUUGUGCAGUAAAACAAAGACCUGACACCCAUCUAGUGCAUUUCAGAUGGAAUCUUAGUUCACUGAUCGGUCUUCCAACAUAUGUUGGUGCAAAAACUGGAACCCUGAACUUAGUAACACUAGAGUGAAAUAAUGGACCAACUUUGUUUUCAUUCUCUAUCAGUGCAAAUCAUGUUGGUUGUAAUGUCAGUAGCCAUGUUCUUUCAAUAAAGGACAAAUACUGCCACUUUCUUAAAAGGUGGUAUUCUUCUCUAAUAUAAACUGUCUACCUUCAGUAUAUCUAACUUUGAAUAUCAACUUGCAGCAGACUUGUUCUGAGACACUUGAGAAGGAUGGCAUGAAUGAGUCUGAAAAGCACUUAAUUACAAAGCAUGACAGUUUAAAUGAUCAAAAGAAAUCCUGGACAAUCUAAGAAUAAUCAUGUAUCACUUCUGAUUGUUUUAAAAUGUCAGUAACUCAUCAUGGGUUUGCAUAAGUUAAAUUCCCAUUUACCAUGUUAAAAUUGCAAAUGGAUGAAGUAUCAGUUCAAAGAAAUGAUUGUCUUGUCAGUUUAACUGGUUGACUAACCACAUCCAGUGAUCAAGUGUAACUUCACAUUUGCUUGCUGUCUUUCCCACUUAAAACCUGUCAAGAGGAGGAAAGAUGCAGCACUAGAGGAUAGGAGUGGUUAUUCCAGAGUCAUUUGCAUAGCGAUUCAUAAAUGGACUUUGUUAGGAAGUUGACAAGACUUGAUCUGUCUAGUGCUUUACAGCAAUUAGUCUCAAAAGGAUUAGAAUAUUUGACUUGUAGAAUUGAGUUUUGGCCCCUUACCAUUAUCAAUAGGCUUUUUUUUAAAGUCCAGUAAGGCAGAUCUGACUUCCAGUUUUACUUCAAUUUGGGAAGGCCUCUGAGACGUGCUUGGCAGUCUUUACAGUAGAUCCAGAGCAGGUUCAGUUUCUCAUACUAGCCUACUCUUACAUGUUGCAAAUUCACUUUCGGGGGGUCGAAUAGAAAUUAAUGAUGCAUUUAAAAAUGCAACAAUCCUAAAUCCUCUGGUAAAUCCUACCUAGCACUUUUAAAGUACACCAGCAUUCGUUCUGAAACUGUCAUCUAUGCCUCACUGGAAUUUAAAGGCAGGUAUGAGUAUUAAUAGCCCUUCCAUGUACAACCUGAAAUGUGCAUCUGAGAUUGAAUUCAAAGUAACUACAUUCUCUUAACAGAAAUUUGACAAAUUUAAAGUGCCUUUACUGUGAGUUUUCUUGGCAACUAUCUUAGAAAUUAUUAAGCAAAUUUGUAAACAUUGUUCUCUGCCAGAUUUAACCCCCCCCACACAAAAAAGUUGAACUAUAGGCAGCCCAAACUACCUAGUGUCCCCCAUCUUUUACCUCAUAAUUAAAGACCUAAUGUUUACAUUCUCCCCUCCCCCCACCCAGGGGUGUGAAGUUUACCACACCUCAGCUUCACUUCCUGUAAACACUAUCUACCUGGUGUGCAUUUUUUUUCUUCUCACAGCUCUUCGUGUUAGGGUUGGUAGUCAUACUCUGUUAAAGGGCACAAAUCAAGUGGAAAGCUCUUGAAGAUCUCUGGUGGUGGUCAGUACAUUUCUAAUGUGGCAAACAAAUAAUGCACUUCUUCCUUUAUGUGGUAUAUUUACAACUGUGACCAAAAAACCCUGCCACCCCUGUCCUUGGAUACUCACAACUUAGAAAAUGUUAAUCAGUCUGCUUGCAGAUGUCAAGGGUUGGAUGAGCAUGAGACUGAACUCCCUUCUUGGCCCUACAUGCAGUUUUGUUAGGUUAGGGCUUCAGGCACUUAAGGCUGAAUGGGGAAAGUUUGUAGUGCUUGUUCUGUAGUGAAAGAGGAAUUCAGUCUCCAGCAUGGUCAGUCCAGCCCCUUGUCCAAGCAUAAAACUCAUUCUAAUUUACAAUUAGAAAUUGAAGUAAGUCUUGGGGAGGGGGGGGAAAUAACCUAUUUCACUCUAGUAAAUAUGAGAAUGUGUUUUGAAAUUGCUGGUGUUAAAGGUACUAACAAAGCAUUACUAAUUAACUUGCUAAAAGUUUACAGAUGCCUUAGACUUUCUGUAUGGAGACCAGUGGCUUGUACAACUUCCUUGUCACGUAGCAUAUAUAAGAUUAUCUGUAUAACAAAUGAACAUAGGGAGUUUUUUUGUAGACCAAGUGUAGUUUAUAUUUUGAUUCCCCUCAACAGCAAUUUGCUGCAGACCUGGCUAUUGCAACAAAUUUACUGUUGCGUGUUUUACCGAAGUGUAAAAGUAAGAUCAAACUAUAAUGUGAAACUUUUGUCAUCCUUACUGUUUAUGAAAUAGAAAGUCUUAGAACAAUGGCAUUUUCUGUUCAGUCCAUUCUAAGAAUGUAUUUUUGCAAUAUUCCUACUCUGUAAUGAGUCUUGUAACAAACUGAGGAUAACUAGAUAAAAUACAUCAUGGGCUGUAAACCUUGUUACAAAAAUACAACUAUUGCACCAGUAAUGACAAAGUGCAUCAAGAGAAGUCUUACACCCUUAGUCAGUUUCCAAGCAAGAAGGAAAAUGUUUAUUACCAGUAAACCCUGGGAGUAAGAUUUAAUUAUAUUUCAACUUGCCUUUUAUUUUGUAAAUGAUUAUCUUAACCAAAUAGUGAUUAUUCCAGACAUCAUGUAUUGUAAAAUUCUUGUAUAAUUGCUUAACUAGCAUUAUUUUGGCAGACUGACUCUGCUGUCCUCCUAAUUGAUAUUAAAUUAUGCACUCAUCAAACGCCUUUCAAUGGGCUUGGCUGCAGUCAUUCCUGUGUAGUCCUGAUUUCCUCUACUGCCCAGGUCUGGACCUUCAAUCAACUAGUUCUGUUCAUGUUUUUUCCCAAACCAGUUUUUAACUUCAGAUGCAUUAAAUGUAAUAUGGAGUUGGAAGUUAAUUGAAAGAAAAUAAGCAAAACCAUGAGUGCAAAGUCCUGUUACACUUAGCAGAUGCCUCUUUUUUAAGUGUCAUCUAAUCCAUGCAGCUUUACUUCAAAAAGGGAUGCUCCAGAGUAAUUGUAAAACCAGCCAAAAGCAUUUUGCUAGGAUUGUUUGUGAUGCAUAUGUUUUAACAAUAAAUACUUGCUAAAAAUCA